AGCACCCUUCAUACAACGGCGUCGCACAGACAUAUUGCGCAACAGAAAGCGAGUGUGGCCGCCUCCUCCUCGCACACGUAUCCUGACCAGACCAGAACCAGACCGGCUAUUCAUUCCUCCAGCACUUGCUGAAGCGCCGGCAUUUCUCCCCCCCCACACCCGCCCUCCAACGUAGCACGGACCGCAGCGAUGUUUUCCUGCAGAGCGGCCUGGCAGAAGUGCGGGCCUUUGGCGCGGAAAGCAGCUUAUAGGCUGCCCCGGGACGUUGUACAGCGGCGACCGAUGUCAUCAACUCCCGGUGGUUCUGGGGAGAAUAUCGUCUAUGCCCUAAUGUGUGGAGGAGCCUUUGUUGGCGCUGUGGCAUACGCAUACAGCACCCUGAGCACAGACGGAGCCAGGUUCAACGAUCGCAUCUCUGAAAUCAAUGCCAGACCCAAGACAGAGUGGGUUCCUAAACCAUGGCCCCCCAAGAGCAAGGACGAGGGAGAGGCUGCAGAGGAGGAAGUGGCAGCUGAGGACGCCGGCGAAGUGGAGGCUGCCGCUGAGGGCGAAGGAGAGACCGUAGUCGAGGAGGUCGCCGAGGUCGUUGCCGAGGUGGCCGAGAUCGUCGCCGAGGCGGCGGAGGAGGUCGCCGAGGCGGCAGAGGAAGUUGCAGAGGUCGCACGUGAAGUGGAGACGGUCGCGGAAGAGGUGGCUAACGCGGCCGAAGCGGUCCCCCAAGCCGCUGCAGAACCAGCCGCUGAGGAGCCCGACAGCAACGUGCCGCUGGCAGCUGCUUCUGCUCUAGAAGUACCAAAGAUCACUGAAGUAAUUCAAGACAUCGACGAGUCCCUUACAGCAGUUGAAGAGGCUACUAAGCCAGCAGAAGAGGCCACCGCACCAGUAGAGGUUUCACCAGUUGAAGAGGCCCUAGUACCAGUAGAGGCUGCACCAGUUGUUGAAGAGGCACCAGUAGAGGCUGCACCAUUUGAAGAGGCCACAGCACCAGUAGACGUUGAAGAGGCCCGAGUAGAGGCUGCACCAGUUGAAGAGGCACCAGUAGAGGCUGCACCAGUUGAAGAGGCACCAGUAGAGGCUGCACCAUUUGAAGAGGCCACAGCACCAGUAGACGUUGAAGAGGCCCCAGUAGAGGCUGCACCAGUUGAAGAGGCACCAGUUGAAGAGGCCCCAGCACCAGUAGAGGUUGUAGGAGAGGCACCAGUAGAGGCUGCACCAUUUGAAGAGGCCCCAGCACCAGUAGAGGCUGCACCAGUUGAAGAGGCCCCAGCACCAAUGGAGGUUGUUGAAGAGGCCCCAAUAGAGGCUUCACCAGUUGAUGAGGAAGUCUUGGUACCAUCAGAACCUGAAGUGACCACAGCACUUGCUGAAGAACCAGUCUCCACCGCAGUUGAAGAGGUUCUGGCAACCAUCGCUGCAGAAGUAGCGAGCCCUAUGGUCGUUGAAGAACCGGCUCCUGAGACCCUCGCAGAAGCUCCGGAGAGAGAGUACAUUGUUGUGGUCCUGGAAGGAACACCUAAAGCUGAUAAGUCACCCAAGGUGCUUGGAGUGGGGUCCAUGACUGGUAGAAUCAUCCCAACUCCAGACGACGACACCAUUUCUGCUUCUGAGGGUAGGCGACGCCUUCUUAGGAUGCAAAUGCAGUAGUUCCAAAUGAGUAAGCAGCUUCCUGGAUGAUGACUUUCUUUCCUGCAGAAGAGGAUGGAGGUGCCUUUUUCCAACUAUGUUCCUUUACUUCUCUUUUAACCAAAAGAACCCCAAACUGAUAACACAUAUUUUCAGUGUAAAGACGCACAAACUGCAGUUCUCAAUGCCCGCUUUGUUGGGCCAUCAAACCGGCAUGUGAGCCCAUUACUGUGACCCUCCACACCAACUUGCAUAUCUUGAAUCUGUAGUCUAGAUGACCCCAGUCAGUAGCUGAACACAUCUCUGGUAGAGUAUGUCUCUUAGUAGCCUCAAUAGCAGUUUGUGUCACUUCAACGGAGCCAUUUAGUCACUGUUUACUCUCUCAAAACUAACAAACUUGUAUUUUAGACGUAUUAGGGUUGGGGGGUGUUUACUUCAUCAGCAUUCUUUACAAUACCAGCCCUCAGGACAUUUAUUCCGCUUCUCUUGGUUUAAAAAAACAAAGAACAGCUGGAACACCUGCUGCACUGAAGAAACCCCUGGAGCACAGCAGCCCCUUUGUACAGAAUCUACCUCACCAAUCCUCGUGUUUUCACUCCUUAAUAAUGAAACUACCGACCUCUUCUCACGCAGUCGCACAAAGGUUACAGUUCCCAAGCCUCCGACUUCAAUAAGCACAUCAUUUCUUUAUUUCAAAAGGUGUCAUUUGAUCACCCAAACUCCUCUUGUUUGUAAUACUACAGGCGUCUGUAGGGUUAGGGUUUGGCAAAAUUGGUAACGUCACAUUUUGUGUUCUUCCUCUUGAUGGUUGCUUGAAGGCACCAGUUGUGACCUCAGAGAUUUUGGGGGACAUGGCCAUGAAACAAGUUUGAAAGCAGCAGAUAUUGAGUUUCCUUUAGCUGACGUUACUCAAUUUUGUAGAUUAGAUGAUUGUACAAUGAAUGUUUUAAAUAUAUUGGCCAUUUUCCCUGAUAUUACAUUGCCAUGACUUUACACUUAGCCAAAAAUCCUACUUAAACCCUUUUUAUCCUUGUCAGUCAUUCAUCUCGAUUCACUAAGUAACCCUGGUAAUCUUGCUUGUGGGUUAGGGAAGAGGAUGAGCAGCAUCAUGUUCUUUGACCUGUAACUAUUAUUGUCUUUGUUCUAGCAGUCAGAUCUGUGUUGUGUGGUUUCAAGUUUUCGCAGCAAGUAUGAACAGUAAUGUUUUCAGAUAUGCGACAUGAAAUGUGUGCGUAUGUGUCUGAGGUCAAGGGUCCCGUGUGAAAUGCUUUGACGGCUCCUGUUGUCGUCUUCUUGAAUUUUUUUUUUCACAUUUCGUUACCUCUACUGUUGAAGGUCUCGGUCAGCAGUAUUUGAAAUUAAGUUACUGAUGGAAGAUUUGAAACGUGACCGUCCCAGUAUGCAUUUCUUUAAUGUAAAUGGGAUCAGAAAAUGACGUGAGUGCA